AUGGGUGUAAUUUGUUUAAUAACAAAUUGUUGUUUAAAUUCGGAAAUAAUCAAAUCAUUUCAAAUUGAUAAUGAAUAUUCAGAAGCUAUGUCUAAUAUACUAAAUUAUAAAGAAUUUCAGCAAAAAGUAAAAUCAGAAUGGAUAAACGACGAGACAAUCUUAAUCAAUAUGGUCAUACAAUGUUUAACAAAUUGUUGUCGUAGUGAUAAUAAUGAAAUAAUAAGAACAGUACUACGUGAAAAAAAAAUAAUAUCAAGUUGUUUAACAUUAACACAAAUAUGCCGCGAUGAUAAUUUAGGCAUAAGAACAUCUCUACUAUUAGCCGAAUUAUUAAAUGACUCAGACUUAAACGCAACUAGCAUCGAUGUUAUUAAUGAUCUAAUUAAUGAUUAUUUUACAUAUUUAAUUCGUGCUUUUAAUUCAACAACACAAUCUUAUCAUCACAUUGACAUAUUAUUAUUAUUAAAAGGACUCUUAUUAUUUUGUAAAAAUGAUAUUAUUCAAGAUUUAAUAUCGAAGACAGAUAACAUAAAAAUUUUAAUAGAAAUGUCAAUACAAUAUCCAAUCAUGUAUGAUAUACUAUGGACAUUAUCGUUUCAUUCCAAUAUUCAGAUACAAUUGAAGAAUGAUAAAGCAUUUGUAAAUACAAUUAAAAGAUUGAAAGAUGAUAAAACAGUAUCAGGUAUAUUGUGGAAUUUAGGAUUGGAACAAGACUCUAUUAAUAAGAAAAAGCAUCAAAAACGUUCACAACCGCUUAGUAGUGGUAUCUCAAGGCCUGUGACCAAAUCCUCUAGUAUUUUCAAUGAAGAAGUAGGAGAAGAAAAUCAAAGUAGUCUAUAUCAGGAACUGACAGAUGUAGAAAUGAAAACUGAUAUACAAUCGACUUCGAUAAAUUCCAGUGUCACAUUUCCAGGACAUUCCCCGUCUCCCGCGGCUCCUCCACCUCCCCCUUCUUCGCCAGCAGUGUUGGCAACGAAUUCUUCUCAUAAUUUUCCCAGAUUUCGUUCUCGUCAUCCCAGUGCUGAUUUUGAACAAGCUGAAUUUUCACCUUCCACAAAGAAAGAAAGUAUUCAAUUGGAAACAAAUGUUGAUAAUGUCAAUGUUUUGAAUCACAAAUUUGAUUUAAUGAUUAGUUACAGUCAUAGUGAAAAAGAAUUAUGUCAACGCGUUAAAGAUAGUUUAAAUACAAGUGGCUAUCGUGUAUGGGUUGAUUAUGAACAAAUGUCUGGUAAUAUGAUGGACUCUAUGGCCACUGCAAUUGAAUCAACUAAUUGUAUUCUAUUAUUUAUGAGUGAAAAUUAUAAACGUAGUAAUUAUUGUCGUGCAGAAGCACAAUAUGCAUUUAAAAGAAAUUUAAUAAUAAUUCCAGUACUUAUACAACGAUCAUAUAAAGCUGAUGGUUGGCUUGGUUUGAUAGUUGGCUCAUUACUCUAUAUUGAUUUUACGAAAUAUGAAUUCCAACAGGCCUAUAAUAUGUUGAUCAGAGAAAUAAAACAAGCUAAACAUAUUAUUACUGAAAAUACAUCCAAUGAACAUAUUACUCCGAUAAUAUCAUCGCCUAAUAUUCAGAAACAAUAUCUAAACAAAGAAGUCAAAAAGUGGACAAAUACUGAUAUUGUUCAUUGGUGUGAAGAUUAUAAUUUAAUGAUUUUUUCAAAAAUUUUAUCGAAUUUCGAUGGUAAUAGUUUAAUACAAUUACAUUUGUUAUGUAAAACUAAUUCAAAUCAAAUUAUUGAUUUGUUACAAAAUGAUAGUAAAAAAUUAGGGUAUGAUUUAUCUAUCUUGGAAUUAGCACGUUUUCAAAGUCAAUUAGAAAAAAUAAUUUUGGAAAAAGAUGAAAAUCGUAAAAAGACAACAUUAUCGAUAAAAUCACCAACGAUAAGCACUUCAAAUAGGGUAUCUAAAACAUGUUUGAUAUUAUGA